AUGAUGCCUACUUCUCCACCUCCAGCUGAACCCAUUCGAUUGUUCAAACCUCACGAAAACGGCCCGGAGUCGAUCAGCGAAAUUUUGCUCAAAACAACCAGGAAAUCGCUCUACUGUCACCCGAAAUUGUUGUCCGACUUGCAUUUGGAUGUGCUACGUGUUGAGGGAGUGGAUAUGGAAUGCCCCAUCGAUCAUGUCUUAGGGUGUCCUAUUGUGAGUGAUCUGUCGGAUACAAAUUUGGCUGAGGUCAUGCAGCAACGUUCUGCCGCUGGGGGUCGAUUCCACAACGUCGUGAGUUAUCAUGUUCGGAUUAUGGAGGAAGGCGCCGCUGCUGUUUGA